GAUAUUUCAUCUUCAACCAGAGAAGCAUGUUGAUAUUAGCGCUACUUCAGAUAGCUUGUGCUACAGUUUGUGUCAUCACUGGAUUAAUAGAUGGUGUUUUCAGAAAGGAAUCAGAAUUGAGUAAAUCUAGGAUACCCAUUUGGGCUGGAGUGUUUAUGUGCAUUCCUGGAAUUAUGGCUUUAAAUUCAUCUCAGAGGAAGAAUCCAAUUCUGGUGAGUAAUGCCACUAUAAUUGCUUCAGUAUUUUCCUGUUUCACCACUUUAACUGUCAUAAUUAUGGCCUCUAUGACAUUAGAGUAUGGUGAGGAGGAGUCUAAUAAUGUGUCCUAUAACCACCCAGAUAUCGUAUUUGUGCUGGGUAAACUGGUUCAAGGAGCUAACAUCACAAUGAUUAUUUCAUCAAUUUUUAGUAUAUGUAUUGUGCUGGUGAUUGUGUAUGUCAGCUGCCGAAGUCUUCCAUGUUGUUCAUGCUAUGACAGUAUCACUGGACUUGAGCAUCUAAAAAAUAAUGACGACCAGUUACAAACUACAGAAUUAGUCUGCCUUUCACGUGAUCAAGAGGACAGAAUUUUUAAUUGUCCAGUAAAAUUUCUUCAACCAAAUGCAGAAACAGAUUAUAAAAUAAGUGAUCCUCCUCCUUACAUCAGCUGACUUAG